UCUACAGCCACGUGCUGUUACGAACGCAUUGCAUUUCACCCUCACUCAGGAAUGUUCUCCGAAGGCAGCAAUGCAAGUGAUAAGGCCUCAUCCCGCCAUCUCUGGAACCCUUGCUUCUCCCUCCAGCCUUGUUUCCCUGCUCUGCAUUCUUGCACUUCGCCAAUAACACUCAUCCCCGAAUCACUCACACUCGGCUCCUACUUCCGUACUGGCCCGCCAUCGCGGUCCAAACGUCAUGGGGCCACCGGAAGAAAAGAAAACAGGCCACUAACAGAGCAGAGCGGCUGAUUGGAAGCCCAAGUACCGACAAAACGACAUGACUCUCGACAAUCUGAGCGCUCACAGCCCCGGGCACUCUCCGGCACGUCACCGAAUGGGAAGUUGAUGAAGAAGCCAUACCCAGCUUUUUUUCUCCCGCCCACUCUCCCUAUUUACCUCAUGCAACAGUCUCCAUGCAAGAUUGUGGGAAGAGCAUCCGUACCGACAAUCACGUACAGAUCUAGAAGAAUCUCCGUCCGUCCCAGGCCCCCGUUCAAACCGAACAAGCCCACCCGAGCUACGUCUCUUCCGUCUCUCCAUCGCCGGCAAGCCAUCCCUUCCUUGCUUUUCCAUCGUUCCCUCUCUCCCCCCCUCCCUCCUCGCCCGUCCGGACUUGUCCCCAAACCUCGACGGGUAAAACCAAUGCGCAGAGCAAGCAGGGAAGACGGUAAGAAAACGUGUUCAAGGACGGCCGGCCGAUGGCCCACACUUUCGCAUGUCGCACACACACACACACACGUUCUGGUUCGGCACAACUUUUGUGACGUUCCCCUCCACCCCUCCGCGGCCCCGCCCGUCACAGUUAUCCCAUCGUCCCCAAGCUGUGAACCAUCAGCGCCGUGGACAGAGCCCGACGCUGUAACCGCCCGGGGUUUAGGGGGACCGAGAGGAGGGCGUUGCACCUCGUAUGAAGCGGGUCCCCCUCCAUCUCUCCUCCAUCCCCUAUUGUCCCAAUCUCUUGCCAGCCCAAUAUCUCCCCGCGACUGCAACGUCUUGCCUUGGAAAAAACUGUGGGCACGGCGUUACAUUGUCCUGCCCCGUAACUUGGUUCUUUCCUUUGCUAUUUUCAACCGCUCACCCGAUGCCGAAGGACCCGACAAGUCAUCGGGGGGGGGGGGGGGGGCCACUACAGAGAGAGCCAUAAACCUCGCCAAGACAUCUCGCGAAACGCGUACACGCACGCACACACACACACACACACACACACACGUUCUGACUUCUCGCCAACCCCAUCCGUAGAACCUUCCUUGGCAAUGGAGACGCUGCCGAAGCGGGAUGCUGAAAAUGCUUCUCAGGUGGGGUGCGCGCGGGUAGGUAGGCUGGCUCCCACCGCGCCCCCCUCCCCUCCGAGAGCGUAACAUCGCGCGUGCC